GAGUAUGCCGCACCUGAGGCGUCUGCGACGGACGGCACGUCUGAUACGGCCGACGGGAAGCUGGGCUGGUAGACGUACGAGCACCGGGCCAGCUCGAGCCACUCGUCGUCCGAGUCGACGGGGAUGCCGUCGAUGACUUCGAGGUUAUCGAAAUUGAAGAUGGGAGCAACGGGAGGCGGUAUUGGUUCGUAACUGCCGCUGUGAACGCCGGUGCUAUGGGUGGUGGUGUUGUCGUUGCUGCUGUUGUUGUCGUUGCUAUUACUGAUGCCCUGACUCUUGCUGCUGUCGUUGCUGUCGGAAUCGCCGUCGGAGUCAGUAGCCGAAUCAGAUCCACCGUCGCUGCUGGCACUACCUUCAGAGUCGGCAUUAUCUGCCGCUGCGUCGGGGUUCGUGGCAGCAUCGUCCGAAACAUCCUCGGGCUCUGUCUCGUUGGCAUCAGCGACAGCCUGGGCGUCCCUCUGUUCUUGGUGUGCACGGCACCAGCAGUCCUUCGCGUGACCCGUGAGCAGGAACUCCGCCACGUCUUUGCGCGUCUCAGGGGACUGGGAGCUCAACGCCAGCGGGCUCGCUGUGCUGACCGAACCUCCGGCUGCUGGUAGCCACGGCCCGGGCGGGAACACGAACGGGUGCGGAGAGGUGACAGGGGCUGUGAUCAAAGCCGUCGGGGUCAUGUCUUGAGAUGUGCCUGGCCAGCCAAAACGUGACCGACGAUCUGGCGGAGGCAAUGGUGCGUAUGGUCGCAUUGGCG